AUGUGCUUUGAUGCUUUGAACCCCUUCGUCACCGCGGAGCAUUUCAAUCAACUGCUAACAUCCAGGCUUGGGCUUCACUACGACGCGGUAAAGGCGAAACAGAUCUUCAAACUGCUGCUUGGGCUGAUGACAAAAGGGGGUGUUGAAGGAUGUUAUGUGGGACAACAAAUCCUCUUGAUGGAUCAUCAAUCCACUUGUAACCAUCUAAGAAUUUAUCAUAUUCUUCUUUAA